AUGAGCAAGAAAUCCAACAGAUUGCCUGUCUUACCACUGGUCAGAAGGAAAAUUGCAUGUGGUCAUCUGUUUGGAAGAAUAGAUCAACAGCUUCAAACUUUGGUUUUGGCAGCGAUCAAGAGAAAUAGAUAUCCUGUCUCCUUAUACAAAAGAUUAUGCUCAGCUUAUGAUCUGUCAAAGAAGGAUGCCAUUAUUUGGGGGACGUGCAAUGAAAAAGUCACAAUUGAAAAGUAUAGAACUUUUGGGGAUGCAGUUGUAGAGCCAACAGGUAUCUGGCUACACUGUAAUGGGGUUCUUGGGUCAAGCCCCGAUGGACUCAUUCGUCGUCCUGCUGCAUUCGGAUUCAGCUAUCAGAAUCCAGGACUCGCUGACAUAUUAGAGAUGUCAAACGUUAAGCCAGAAAUACUGGAGGUGAAAUGCCCCUUUUCAGCAAAGAAUAUGACAAUUCCAGAAGCUAUUGAAAAAGUACACGAUUUCUGCCUAGAGGUUCAGGAUUUUAAUGGAGUCAAGUCCUUCAAGCUAUGAGAGAACCACCAAUACUAUGAUCAAGUGCAAGGACAGCUUCAUAUAAUUGGGAAAUCCUUGUGUGAUUUUAUGGUCUGGACACCAAAAGACUGUGCGAUUGUGAGAAUUAACAAAGACAUCAAUUGGGAGAUCAACAUAUCUGUUUUGACAGACUUUUAUUUCUGUAAAUUUCUCCCGUAUUUACAACAGCUAUAAGAUAUAACAUUAAACAUGGUGAAAACAUUUUAA